GACACCGCUGGCCUGGGCCGAGGGCUCGGGUCCGAGCCAGGCCGCCGCUGGCUCCCACGCUGCCCGCUGCCCCCGCUGGCCGAGCAGCACACUUUGGUGCCUUGGGUCCGGCACCUGAAGAAGCCCAUCUCCUCGGUGCAGCUGCGGGGACGCGUGUCCUUCUCAUCCGGGCUACUGAAAGAAGAGAAAAUGGCAAUACUAUCUCCUGAGAUCAAAUUUGAGGCUUCCAAAGUCAGUAGACAUUCCUUGGACAACUGCUUUCUGUUCGAGAGUAGCUGGAGGAAAGCAGUUUUGGAAACCCAGAAGAUGAGGAAAGCAUUUGGUCUAGAAGAGCCCAAAGAAUGUCACAAAAUGCCGUAUUUGCCAGAAUUGCCAAGUUGCCCAAAGAACUUAAAUUCAACUACACUCGAGAUUCAUAAGCACCUGCUGCACGCUGAGACGGAGAUCCCUCCGAUCAGACUGUUUGCAGGAAUACACACUCAUGCGCACAUGAGUUCAGGUGCCCAAGGAGGCCAGACGUGUUGGCGCCCACAGAUAGAUGUAAGUUUGGGGAAGAACACUCUUUGCUCUUAGCUGUUGAACCACCUCUCCAGCCCCUUUUUAUGCUUUUUAAAAGUUAUUAUUGACCAGACAUCAUGGUACAAGACUUUAAUCACAGCACCAAAGUAGGCAAGUGUCUGUGAGUUCAAGUCCAGCCUGGUCUAUGAAGUGAAUUCCAGGCCAACAAGGGUUUCAUACUGAGACCCUGACUCAACAAAACAAAACACAAAAAAUCACAGCACAAAAUAUCCAAACCCAGCCCCCCCACUGCUGAGCUUGAUACUUACCAUGUCAUAUAAUCUUCACUUGACACGGUCUUGCUAGCCACACUGUUGUCCGUAUAUUGCUGUGUGGCUUACCCAACCGUUUCCUAUUUUAGACUUGUAAGUUCCUGUGACAUCUUUGAUUUUGUAAAUAAUGUCACAAGGGAACAUAUAACGUUUGUCAGCACUUUCAAUGUUUUUCUGAAGACAGAUUUUCUGGAAUCAAAAUGUAAAAGGCGGGGCUGGGGAUCUAGUACAGUUGGUAGAGUGUUUGCCUACCAAGCCUGAAGUCCUGAGUUGAUACCUAGCAUUGUAUAAACUUUGGUAGAGCAUCCUGCCAUCCCAGUACUCAGGAGGUAGAGGCAGGGGCAUUCACAAGUUCAAAGUCAUCCUCAGUUGUACAGUUACAUGAACUACAUGAGACAAUAAUCUCAAAAAGAGAAGGCAGAAAUAGAGAUCGUGACAGAGAAUCUUCACCCUCUUUCCUACUUGAUCCGGUGUUGGUUGUCAUUUGUGAUCAGGCUGUUCAGGAAAUCACUUCUGACAUUUUCCAUUGACAGCUGUGAAUUUCAUCACAGUCUGGCUAGUGUUCUUCAUACAGAAAGAGGAGUGUGGGGACUAAGUGACAUGGUGUCUGUGAACUCUAGGCAAAUGUCAAUGUUCACGCGUUUCCUUGCCUUUGGUUGAAAUGCCUUGAGUUCAGCUACUCCAGUGAGGACGCACCAAGUUGCCUCACGUGUGUUAUUCCCCUCUGCAUGUUGCACAUCAUUCUCUGAGAGAACAAUCUUGGCAAAGCAGGGAAGUACUCCGUUAUUUGUUUUGUGCACAGUUUCUUACCUUCUUUUUGGCCCUCCAGUGUGUGAAUAUUUGACUCCAAAACUCUGGUAAAUGUCUAAUCUUUUCUCAAAUGUUCUUAAUGAGGACCAGAAAUUUUCAGUGACUCUCACAACACACAAGGACUGUAACUGACAAUAGCAUCAUAGAGGUAAAGAUUAGAGUUUACCAUAGUUAUAUGAAAUGUGGAAUCUUUACAAUUCCUUACCCAUUUCCCCUCAUAAUUUGUUAUGGCAGUCUGUUCGUUUAGGUGCAAAAUUAUAGCAAAAGUUCAAAUCAUGGUGACUGAUGAAAAAAAGUGCAAAAAUAUGGGACCCGGGCGUCUGCAUCUAACACAUCCAGACACAUUAGUGUCGCUGCUGUCCUGACUACUUACAGUUACCACAGACGCCUGUGAAGAAUUACACUCCGUGCCUAGCUACUGGCGAAAUGUAUCAGGAAAUCUACCGUUGGGUCGGUUCAUUCCCACUGUUGGGGUUAGUGAGGGUGGAGUUGUUUCUCUCCUGCACCACUGGUUUUUGUCCCCAUGUGAUAUCAUUGGACAAGGUGAGUUUUAGUGGGACAUAUCAUAUGUUAACCAGACGCAGGAGCGUGGGACUUGUCCCCGCACAGAAACAAACUGAGCCACACAAAACGUAAGAAGCCAGUGAGCGUGACUGAGGCUUUGCUGUUAGCCUCUUGUGUCUUUCAAAGUCAACAGCCUGUGGGUUACUCUAUGCCAUUUUAUGACCAUCCG